AUGUUCUUGAAGAGUGAGGCUCCUCGGGAUCGGCUCGGCAGGCAGCCGUCGCUCCGGCUUACCUACGCCGAGCGGGACCCGCUGAGAGCCCGCGUUGGCAACCCGCCGUCUCGGGCCGGAGCGCCGGUGGGGGCCACAAUCGAAGUGUUUGACACUCCUCAAUUUGGACAUAAAUGGGAUUGA